AUGGCCGAGUCUGAAUCCACCACCAAUAUGCCUGCGGCUUCCGAUGAUGGCCACGAUGGAAACGACGACAACGACAGCGAACCAGCUCGGAAACGACAACGCAUACGGCUGUCGUGCUUGGAGUGUCGUCGGAGGAAGCUCUCUUGCUCGAGGGAGCUGCCCUGUGAUCGCUGUCUGAAGUCUGGUACUCCUGAUCGGUGUUCAUACGAGUCUAAACCUGGUGGCCCAACGACGACAGCCGCCUCCUUGGCAGGUGAAAAGACCUCUUUCUCACCCGUCGCACCGUUGGUGUCUUUCGGGGCUGGGUCAGACAAUGCACGUCGUCCGUCUGGGAACCAUCCUCCGGCACGGCGGGAGGCUGAUAACUCACUUCUGAAGGAUGCAGCGCGAGAUCACGAAAGGAUCCGGAAGCUUGAGCUGGAAGUUGCUCAGCUUCGAACCACCCUGUCUAAACAGUCUUCAGUCGAUGGCAGCACCAUAGCCGCCUCUCCAUCCACUAUCAAGGACGUGGCCAAAGAAACACAUGUUGUCACUUCCUGUGCAAGCUUCAUUCCCGAAACUGCACAUGGUUACAGGGGAAACAGCUUCAGGUCCAGAUAUUAUGGACCGUACAACGCCUGGUCGGCGCUCCAGGAACUCACUGGCAUACAUCCUUUCAUGAGAGAGACAGCUGACGAAUGGCUGCGACCUCUCAACAUCCAGAAAAAGGACCGCGCAAAGAGGCAAGAGGACCGCGAUAAGAAGUUCGCAGAGCCCGAUCCCUUUCUCGAGUCAAUUCUGCCUUCGAAAGAUGAAACGGAUUCUCUGAUCGCGGUUUACCUCGACCAGUUUGAGCAGCUUCACCGCAUCGUUCAUAUACCAACCUUCAAGAAGGAGUACGCAGCUUUCUGGGACCCCUCCCACGAGAGGUGUGCUUCAUUUACAGCGCUCGUCUUGUCGAUGAUAGCUGUGUCCUGCUGCAUGGACAUGCAAGCGUCCAACAAGUUCGUGGGCAUCAAGUCGAGCUCGUUCCAGACCGCUGAGAAAUGGACCACAGCUUGCGUUGAAUGGCACGGGCGGCAAAGCCAGAAACAUCGCAGGCUUGUACACUACCAGAUAGCGUGUCUACUGUACCUUGCCAAGAAAGUCAACAUCAUCAAGAAGAAGAGAUUCUGGACAACGGCUGGGUCGAUGAUUCGCGAAGCAAUCACCAUAGGGUUGCAUCAAGAUCCCGACCAUGCCGGGAAGAGGAUUAGCCCUUACAAUGCGGAGAUGAGAAGGAGGCUGUGGGCAACGAUGGUUGAAUUUGACGUUCAAGCAUCACACAACCAAGGAGUGCCGACUCUGUUGAGCCAGGUGUACAACGAUACAGACGCUCCGGGGAACCUUGACGACGAAAGCUUCGACGAGAGCUCCACAGAACUUCCAAUCUCGAGGCCGCGUCUUGAAUAUACGUUUUCAUCGUAUGCUCACCUCAGUCGCCAGAGCCUCCCACUCAGACUGGAGCUGAAUAAGCUAUUGACGGGCCCGCCGGUGGACCUUGAGUGGGAGCAGGUCCUUCAAUACAGCGACAUGAUCACUCAAGAAAUCGACGCACUUCCAGAAUGGGAUCUCGAGAUGGAAGAAAACUCGGAGAUGUCUCAUAAACCAAUCUUAGCUCACACGCUUCUCCACGUUCAGCUCCGGCAGUAUCUCAUCCCGCUACACCAGCCUUAUCUCAAGCUUCGAAAGUACCAUUCAAAAUACCAAACGGCCGAAUUUGUAUACUACAGUGCCGCUCGUGACCUGGUUAUGAUGCAUGAUCGACUCUUCCAGAAGGGCAUUCGGGCACUGUAUUUCCUCCGCGAGGACUCGCUGCGCGCAGCGAUGAACCUUUGCAACGUGUCUCUUCAUCAGCCCAAAGGUACGAUUGUUCCCGUAAGCUCACAAUACGCUGCUAACAGGCCGGCAGCGUCAACAGGUCUGAUCAUGUCGAAUGCGCAAGAAACGCUUGGGCUGAUCGAGAAAUGCAUCAUGAUCAUGGAAGACCGUAUACUGAGAUGUGGCAACAAUGACCCCUGGGGCUAUUCGUCCAUGUGCGCCGCAUAUGGACUUUUGGAGACUCAUCUAGGCAUCAAAAUUUUGGAUAAUGCGAAGGCGAAGGCGGCAGAAAGAUUCAUCAGCCUUCACUACAAGCUGCUUGCAUACCAGAUCCCACCGUUCCCCACGCAGCAGACGCAGUCAGAUUUGGCUACGUCUCAGCCUAAUCCAGAUGCCAUCAGCGGCCCUAGUUCCGUGAGUCCCUUUGCGAUGCAGCUAGGGGCCACGCCGCUUCACCGCGAGGGGCCGCCGCUCUCGAUGCCUUGGCUUCUGCCGACAGAUACCACCCAGCUGUUGGUUCCGAACCCCGACGUGAACUUCGGCAUGCUUGACUCGGACCUCACUGAUCUGUGGGGUGAUUGGGGAGGCGACUUCACGUAG